UUACUGCACUCAGGCAAAAGAGAGGGAGGGACUGGGUCCUUUUGCCACCAGGAAAUUGUGUGUCGUCAUCAUCCUGCUCCUCCUUUCCAGUUUGUGGUGGAGAAACGUGGAGGUCCGCAACGUGUACAUGGACUAACAUUCUGUAAAUACGUGUUGUUUAUCAGUUGUCUCAUGAAAUGGCAUUAAGGGCCCCGAAACCUUUUAACACGGCUCCUCCUAUGUAAUGACCAAACUGUCACGAUCAUCGCAAAUUAGUCGGAAGGAAAGCUGUUCCCUGUUAGCUAGGCUAAGGCUAGCAAGUAACGUUACCGGCCAUUUAAAUCUGCCUUUUUCUAUCUAACAGUUACUGGUUGCCGUUUAGUGAAGUAAAUUGUAUACCUAGCUAACGACAAGUGCCAGCACAGAUGGGUCUGUCAGAUGAGUUGUGACAUUGUGAUGAAUGAUUAACUCCUGAGAGAUAUCAAAGAGUUGUAGCUGAGAAAAAAAAAACAUUAACAGGGAAGUUAGUGCACUAGAUAAAGUUAGCUGGCUACCAUGUAUUGUCCGUAAUCAAUACACAUGUGGAUGUGUUGUUUGCUUAUAUCAUGACGUUUUUGUAUAUAAUCUAAAAAGUUCUGAUUUAUCUGAUUUCAUAACAUCAAUCUGAUUUGUCUUGUAUCUAGAUCUCACUACAACACCCACACCAUUUAUAAUGGAAUACAUGCAAGUUCCUGCUACAAGCAGCCAGGGGAACAUGUAAGUAGAAUUUAUGAUCAGCCUCCUACAGGCUACAAAUAAUCUGUCCUUUACCAUUCGUGUGAAUGUGUAGAUUCAUAACUUUUUCAAAGGUAUCAGCUGGUACACAGUACUAAUUAAGGAAUGGUUUCUCUCCUCUCCCCAGCCUGUGCUGCACCUGUGGCAUCCCCAUCCCCCCAAAUCCAGCCAACAUGUGUGUGUCCUGCCUCAGGACCACAGUGGACAUCUCAGAGGGAAUCCCCAAGCAAGUCAAUCUGCACUUCUGCAAGCAGUGUGAACGGUACAGCCCAGACCACCAUCACAAGCCUGUCAAACUUAGUGCCACAGCUAAGACGUUUAAGUCCCUGUGUUGUGCUCUUGCUUGACCAAAGGAUCAUUAGGCAGUUAACUGGGAUCUUGCCAAGGCACCAACAUUAGUUCAGAUGGAUUGAUUGCACCUCUUUCUCUUCCAUGCAGGUACUUGCAGCCUCCAGCCUCCUGGGUGCAGUGUGCUCUGGAGUCCAGGGAACUGCUCGCCCUCUGCCUUAAAAAACUGAAGGGCAACAUGACCAAAGUGAGUAUCCCUUCCCUACUCUGCUCUUUUUACAUUCAAACAUAAACUUGUUAACAUUUUUCAACAGGGCUGUAGCCAUUCGCCUCAGAAACUCAUGUGACCUCUCAAUCCAGGUGCGUCUGAUUGAUGCUGGAUUCCUGUGGACAGAACCCCACUCCAAGCGGAUCAAGUUGAAGGUGACCAUACAGAAAGAGGUGAGUGGAGAAAUAAGAGGCGUGAGAGUGUGAUAUUUAAUAGAAUGGAUUAGGAACCUGAUCAGGAGGACGUGUCCCACCGCUAACUUCCAUGUUGUCAUUAUUUAAUCCAGGUGACAGUAAAGGGAUAAUGGGCUGGCUGUGUAGUUUCAGAGCAGGGAUUGGGUGAAGAUUAGCCAGUGGCUGUCAUCUUAACUUCAUGACCUUUCAGAGGAAUCUGAGCUCCUCAGGGCCCAGGCCUUUGUCUGGAGUGUAAGAGGAUUUGUGUGACCAGUGAUCUUGUAUUACAUUUACAUUUUAGUCAUUUGGCAGACGCUCUUAUCCAGAGCGACUUACAGGAGCAAUUAGGGUUAAGUGCCUUGCUCAAGGGCACAUCGACAGAUUUUUCACCUAGUCGGCUCGGGGAUUAGAACCAGCGACCUUUCGGUUACUGGCACAACGCUCUUAACCACUAAGCUACCUGCCGCCCCGUAUCUAGAUGCCCUUUAGUCACCAGAAAUAGGAGCACCAAACCCUGAUUAAUAAAGUGUUGCACAUCAGUGUUUCCCAAAUGUUGGGUGGGUAAUGAUCCGCUGGUGGGUCAAAGCCAAUUCCCUUUGGGUCACAGCUUUCUAGCCCGCUUCUGGAUUAUUUACCUGGUGUGUCACAUUACAAUCCUAAACUAUGUUCUGAGUCAGUCAUAUAAGAGAAUAGUGGUUGAUGGUAGUUUGGUCUGUCCUGUCCAGGUGAUGAAUGGAGCCAUCCUGCAGCAGGUGUUUGUGGUGGAGUUUGUCAUCCAGGGCCAGAUGUGUGAUGACUGCCACCGUGUCGAGGCCAAGGACUUCUGGAACUCUGUGGUGCAAGUCAGACAGAAGGUAACACUGAUGAUUAGAAUUAUAUUAUUCAUGUUGCUCACCACAUCAAUCGUUUUUAACGUGUUGGUAACCUAAUAUUGGGCUGGUCCUUUUUAGACUUCUCACAAGAAGACAUUCUACUACCUGGAGCAGCUGAUUCUCAAGCACAAACUCCAUCAGCACGCACUCAACAUCAAGGAGAUCCAUGGUGGGUUUGGGAUAGAAUAUACUGUUUUAAAGUGGGGUUUUCAUCCAGGAAGAGACACCAGACCAUGCAAGCUUACCAUUGACAUUGAUGAUUUUCUUUAAUAAAGCUUUCCUAUCCUAGGCUUUAGAAGGGCAUGGUAAUGUGUUUAUAAUCAGUGUGGUAGGAUCAUAGUACUGAGCAUUUCAUUUACCAUGCCAAGAAUGCUGUUUGACUCAGGUCCUAUUUUCAGACAUACACACACAAUGUGUAGUGAGAGAUAUUUCAGAAACAGCGCCCAGUGUGGUUGGACCAGAUUGUAAGGGAGAAGCUGUCAUUUGACAGUUCGAUAUAAAUUACCUCCCUCUCUAGCCGGAGUUAAAAACCUUGAGGCUUCAACAUGUGGCGGCCAUAUCCCCCCCGCGGUGGCCAUCUGGUCUGUAUUACUGAGGCUGGCGUAUUAAGUGUGAUGACGGAGGUUACGUGUGGUGUGUGUGCCUGUGGUUGAUUUAUUGAUUGAGGACUGAUUGGUUUUGAAUCUUUCUCCUCUCUCAGAGGGUAUUGAUUUCUACUAUGCCACCAAGCAGCAUGCUCAGAAGAUGGUGGAUUUCCUCCAGUGCACAGUCCCCUGCAGGUAGGAACCAGUUCACCAGAGUCCCUCCACUACGGGUAGAGGUUGCCCUGUAGUGACAGAACUAUCUGACCUGAGGUCAGUGUCUAGGGGUGACAUCAUCCUACUCUGGAUGGCGCCUUCAUGGUUAUUGCAUAAUGCCCAUGCAAUGUUCAUUUGGUGUUGAGAUGUGUUGAUGUUGAACAGUGAUGAGGUAGACCGCACUAACCAUAUUAAGUGCGGUCUGUGUGGCUAGAGCUAUGAUUAUUCAAUGUCUAUAGACAUACAGUGCCUUUGGAAAGUAUUCAGACCCCUUGACAUUUUUCUCAUUUUGUUACGUUACAGCCUUACUCUAAAAUUGAUUAAAUUGUUUUUUCGCUCAUCAAUCUACACACAGUACCCCAUAAUAACUUUUUGCUAAUUUAUAUUAAUAAAAAAUAAACUGGAAUCACAUUUACAUACAGUGUGGGAAAAAAGUAUUUGAUCCCCUGCUGAUUUUGUACGUUUGCCCACUGACAAAGAAAUGAUCAGUCUAUAAUUUUAAUGGUAGGUUUAUUUGAACAGUGAGAGACAGAAUAACAACAAAAAAAUCCAGAAAAACGCAUGUCAAAAAUGUUAUAAAUUGAUUAGCAUUUUAAUGAGGGAAAUAAGUAUUUGACCCUCUCUCAAUCAGAAAGCGUUCUGGCUCCCAGGUGUCUUUUAUACAGGUAACGAGCUGAGAUUAGGAGCACACUCUUAAAGGGAGUGCUCCUAAUCUCAGUUUGUUACCUGUAUAAAAGACACCUGUCCACAGAAGCAAUCAAUCAGAUUCCAAACUCUCCACCAUGGCCAAGACCAAAGAGCUCUCCAAGGAUGUCAGGGACAAGAUUGUAGACCUACACAAGGCUGGAAUGGGCUACAAGACCAUCGCCAAGCAGCUUGGUGAGAAGGUGACAACAGUUGGUGCGGUUAUUCGCAAAUGGAAGAAACACAAAAGACCUGUCAAUCUCCCUCGGCCUGGGGCUCCAUGCAAGAUCUCACCUCCUGGAGUUGCAAUGAUCAUGAGAACGGUGAGGAAUCAGCCCAGAACUACACGGGAGGAUCUUGUCAAUGAUCUCAAGGCAGCUGGGACCAUAGUCGCCAAGAAAACAAUUGGUAACACACUACGCCUUGAAGGACUGAAAUCCUGCAGCGCCCGCAAGGUCCCCCUGCUCAAGAAAGCACAUAUACAUGCCCGUCUGAAGUUUGCCAUUGAACAUCUGAAUGAUUCAGAGGAGAACUGGGUGAAAGUGUUGUGGUCAGAUGAGACCAAAAUGGAGCUCUUUGGCAUCAACUCAACUCGCUGUGUUUGGAGGAGGAGGAAUGCUGUCUAUGACCCCAAGAACACCAUCCCCACCGUCAAACAUGGAGGUGGAAACAAUAUGCUUUGGGGGUGUUUUUCUGCUAAGGGGACAGGACAACUUCACUGCAUCAAAGGGACGAUGGACGGGGCCAUGUACUGUCAAAUCUUGGGUGAGAACCUCCUUCCCUUAGCCAGGUCAUUGAAAAUGGGUCGUGGAUGGGUAUUCCAGCAUGACAAUGACCCAAAUCACACGGCCAAGGCAACAAAGGAGUGGCUCAAGAAGAAGCACAUUAAUGUCCUGGAGUGGCCUAGCCAGUCUCCAGACCUUAAUCCCAUAGAAAAUCUGUGGAGGGAGCUGAAGGUUCGAGUUGCCAAACGUCAGCCUCGACCUUAAUGACUUGGAGAAGAUUUGCAAAGAGGAGUGGGACAAAAUCCCUCCUGAGAUGUGUGUAAACCUGGUGGCCAACUACAAAAUGUCUGACCUCUGUGAUUGCCAACAAGGGUUUUGCCACCAAGUACUAAGUCAUGUUUUGCAGAGGGGUCAAAUACUUAUCUCCCUCAUUAAAAUCAAAUCAAUUUAUAACAUUUUUGACAUGCGUUUUUCUGGAUUUCUUUGUUGUUAUUCUGUCUCUCACUGUUCAAAUAAACCUAUCAGUGGGCAAACGUAAAAAAUCAGCAGGGGGAUCAAAUACUUUUUUCCCUCACUGUGUGUGUAUUUGUGUGUGUGUAUAUAUAUAUAUAUAUAUAUAUAUAUUUAGCUUAGCAUUGAGAAUGUUGCUUAUUUUCUCUCUGUCAAGAUAUAUUCUUGUAGUGUCUUUAUGGUUUCUUUGUGUCACUCUGUCUUGUUUAGGUCGAAGACCUCCCAGCGCCUCAUCUCCCACGACAUCCACUCAAACACAUUCAACUAUAAGAGCACCUACUCCAUUGAGAUCGUUCCUGUUUGCAAGGUAUACAGCAUCUUCCUCAAAAAUACUGAAGGUCAAAUGCUCUACAUAUAUUUUAAGGUGCUGAAAAUUGAUUUUUAUAGGUGAACAGAGCGCACCUAUACUCAAAUGCUCAGGUCCAAACAGGCCAGGGCAGACCUAAACAGAUUCCCCAUUCUUAUCAUAACACACACAGCUUCCAUUGGAUAGAACUGUGUUGUUUUAAAAUAUGCUUUUGAACCGUCAAAUGAAAACUAAAUUCGAAUCAAUCUGGGUGUGUCUAGGUCAGGAAUCUUUACUCAAGCUUUUUUGUUGAGUGAAUGUUUCUUGUCAAUGCUCUUCUGUUGGAUUCAUGUAGUAGAUUAAUCUACUCAUAGGUUCUAACAUGUAGACUGAGUACAUACGCAUUGAUGCUUGGCUUCUGACCAUACAUGUGAAGAGUUAAUUAUUUUCAUAUCCAAUUCUACCCACAUGUGUUUUUGUGCAUUUCUAUCCAAUGACUGAAUGAAGCAUUGCAGCACUGGCUCAUUAAGUAAACGGAUGACUAAUUAUUUUCAAGAUUAAUGAAACGCAUUCCUAAUCAACAUCUUAUUUUCUUUUGCAUUGUGAAACAAAUUGUAAUCAUGCUGAUGAAACAAAGAGAACCUAGCUGACCCCUUGUAUAACCAAACUGGCAAUGACAGCCUCUGUUAUUCAGAGGAUAAUUGUUCAUGAAGGUGUAGCCUAAUCCAGAGUUUAAUGUUAAUCUCUCCUGUACUACAGCUGGCUUGCUGGCUGUGGGUUUCUCUGGGGAAUAAUCCGGUGGGGAGGUUGGCAUUGGGAGGAGGUUCCAAAGUUCUCUCUAACCUGACCUCAGUCUGACCCCUGGUAUGUUUUGUCUCAUUGCCCAGGACAACGUGGUGUGUCUGUCGCCGCGUCUGGCUCAGAGCCUGGGAAACAUGGGCCAGGUGUGUGUGUGUGCCCGAGUCACCAGCACCAUCCACCUCAUCGAUCCCAACACCCUGCAGAGUGAGUACAGUACACACCAGCACCACCUUUACUGUCGGCCCCUAGCUGCCAGGGGAAAGGGGCUGUUUCAACACAUGAUUUUCUGGCUACUGAAAAAUUGCUUUUCCAGAUAUGCUUUGCUUCAUUGAUUGAUUGAUGUAUUGGUGUUGAUGUGUUGACAAGUCAACGUUUAAAGGUGAUUGGAUGUGUGUGUGCAAGAGUUUGUGCUUGUGUGCGUGUCUUGAUAUAAAGCAUCAAAAGUUUACCAUCUGCUCCAUAUUUUUAGCAUCAGUUUUUGAUAGACUAUUGGAAUGUGAUUAUAUUCCACUUGAUUUAAGUCUUUUGUACCAAACUGAACCCAGUAUCGUUUACAGUGCGUCUGUUCACCACAUGCUCAUCACCAUCCUCUCACUCUCAACAGCUUCCCUCUGUGUCUAAUCAGGGCAUUCCAUAUAUGGCACACACACACACUCAUUUGUUGUCACUACUGCCUGUGCUGUGCGUGUAAAAAAUUCCCUCUGUGUUUAAUUCUGAUAUUUUGAAAGGCAGGGCACAUGUUUUUAAUUAGUGUUCAAAGAAAGGCUAUUUUUGCUCCAGAACCGCCAGUCUCCACCCCAGCCUCUGGGCAGAACAAUGAUCCAUGCUAGCCAAAUCACUCGACUGCAGGAGGGAGUGAAGUUCAAAUCAAUCUAUUUAUCUUGCGUGCGGACACAAGCAUGUGUAUGUGAGUGUAGGAAAUUAUUGGUGUUUUGAGCAGUCGAAAUUGAAACUCUGGACUGUCCAUAGAGAUAAACAUGUAAUUCUAUUUCUCCUGUCGGACCCAACAGUCGCUGAGGUGGAUGGGGGCACAUACUGGCGCAACCCCUUCAACAGCCUCGUUAGCCCACGGCAACUGGAGGAGUUCAUCGUCAUGGAUACUGAUGUCAUCAGAAACCAGAAGCUGGGGGCGGGAGCAGGCAUAAGGUCCAAUAAGGUAGGAGUUCUGAGGGAAAUGGCCGGUUAUUUGGAAUUGGGCAGAAGUGUGCCCCAUUUAGUAAGAACGCCUCAAUUUCAAGAUAAAUGCUGCUAGUCUGUUUCUUUAGAUGUGUGUAUUCAUGCGUGCAACUUCCCUCACUCCAUGUGAGAAAAACAUGUUCUAGUGUGUGUGUUGGCGAGACAAAUUGUUUGGGUUGAGACAGCUUGACUGCGGGGCUUUGGUGUGUUUGUGGCUUUAAUGAAAGUGCUGUUGAUCAGAUUGAAUUAUGGGGAAUAUUUAUAUUUUCUUGGAAGAAAUGUCAAUAGUGAAACAUUACAUUAUUCCUGAAGCAGCACAUCAGAUUAGAGAACCCAUUUACAUUACAUUUACAUUUUAGUCAUUUAGCAGACGCUCUUAACCAGAGCGACUUACAGGAGCAAUUAGGGUUAAGUGCCUUGCUCAAGGGCACAUUAACGUCAUUUAGCAGACGCUCUUAGCCAGAGCGACUCACAAAUUGGUGCGUUCACCCUAUAGCCAGUGGGAUAACCACUUUACAAUUUGGGGGGGGGGGGGGGGGGGGUUAGAAGGAAUACUUUAUCCUAUCCCAGGUAUUCCUUAAAGAGGUGGGGUUUCAAAUGUCUCCGGAAGGUGGUGAGUGACUCCGCUGUCCUGGCAUCGUGAGGGAGCUUGUUCCACCAUUGGGGUGCCAGAGCAGCGAACAGUUUUGACUGGGCUGAGCGGGAGCUGUGCUUCCGCAGAGGAAGGGGAGCCAGCAGGCCAGAGGUGGAUGAACGCAAUGUCCUCGUUUGGGUGUAGGGACUGAUCAGAGCCUGAAGGUACAGAGGUGCCGUUCCCCUCACUGCUCCAUAGGCAAGCACCAUGGUCUUGUAGCGGAUGCGAGCUUCAACUGGAAGCCAGUGGAGUGUGCGGAGGAGGGGGGUGACGUGAGAGAACUUGGGAAGGUUGAACACCAGACGGGCUGCGGCAUUCUGGAUGAGUUGUAGGGGUUUAAUGGCACAGGCAGGGAGCCCAGCCAACAGCGAGUUGCAGUAGUCCAGACGGGAGAUGACAAGUGCCUGGACCAGGACCUGCGCCGCUUCCUGUGUAAGGCAGGGUCGCACUCUCCGAAUGUUGUAGAGCAUGAACCUGCAGGAGCGGGUCACCGCCUUGAUGUUGGCGGAGAACGACAGGGUGUUGUCCAGGGUCACGCCUAGGCUCUUCGCACUCUGGGAGGAGGACACAGCGGAGUUGUCAACCGUGAUGGCGAGAUCAUGGAACGGGCAGUCCUUCCCCGGGAGGAAGAGCAGCUCCGUCUUGCCAGGGUUCAGCUUGAGGUGGUGAUCCGUCAUCCAUACUGAUAUGUCUGCCAGACAUGCAGAGAUGCGAUUCGCCACCUGGUUAUCAGAAGGGGGAAAGGAGAAGAUUAGUUGUGUAUCGUCAGCGUAGCAAUGAUAGGAGAGACCAUGUGAGGAUAUGACAGAGCCAAGUGACUUGGUGUAUAGGGAGAAAAGGAGAGGGCCCAGAACCGAUCCCUGGGGGACACCAGUGGUGAGAGCACGUGGUGCGGAGACAGCUUCCCGCCACGCCACUUGGUAGGAGCGACCGGUCAGGUAGGACGCAAUCCAGGAGUGAGCCGCGCCGGAGAUGCCCAUCUCGGAGAGGGUGGAGAGGAGGAUCUGAUGGUUCACAGUAUCGAAGGCAGCAGACAGGUCUAGAAGGACAAGAGCAGAGGAGAGAGAGUUAGCUUUAGCAGUGCGGAGAGUCUCCGUGACACAGAGAAGAGCAGUCUCAGUUGAAUGACCAGUCCUGAAACCUGAUUGGUUUGGAUCAAGAAGGUCAUUCUGAGAGAGAUAGCAAGAGAGUUGGCUAAAGACGGCACGCUCAAUAGUUUUGGAAAGAAAAGAAAGAAGGGAUACUGGUCUGUAGUUGUUGACAUCAGUGGGGUCGAGUGUUGGUUUUUUGAGGAGGGGAGCAACUCUCGCUCUCUUGAAGACGGAAGGGACAUGGCCAGCGGUCAAGGAUGAGUUGAUCAGCGAGGUGAGGUAGGGGAGAAGGUCACCGGAGAUGGUCUGGAGAAGGGAGGAGGGGAUGGGGUCAAGCGGGCAGGUUGUUGGGCGGCCUGCAGUCCACAAUGCAUGGAAGUGUUUGUGUAAAAUGGAACAGGAAAUGGGUUUGCUAUGGUACGAUAACGUCCCCUCCCCCAUCUAAGUGUGUUGGAACACUAAACAUCCUUGGUAAUGGUGGUGCUAGGCUAAAUCUUGUGUGUGUGUUCUGAUUUGUUUGUUUCCAGCACACCCUGGCUGAGGUUUGGGUGCAGAAGACAUCAGAGAUGGACACAGCUCAGCAGUACCACUGUCGCACCCACCUGGGCCACCUGCUCAACAUAGGAGACAUGGUGCAGGGGUAGGUGACUGUCAUGGGCUGCUAUACAGCUACACAACUCUUAAAUGUUCAUGUAAUUUCUUGCUGUAUAAGAGAAUCAAAACAAUAUCUUACUCUUUUGCUUGUGAAGUUUGAGAAAAUAUUUAGUUGUUUCACUUUUGUUUCCCUCUAGCUUUGACUUUGCCAAUUCCAACGUUAAUGAUGAGUUUCUGAACAAGAUGAAUCCUAGUCAUAUUCCUGACGUGGUAAGAACCAGUACAUACUACUGUGUGCACACUCAUAUAUCCUUUACAACAGGGGUCUCCAACAGGUAGAUCUACCAGUAGCUCGCAGCCCACGUAUGAGUAGCUGCCAAUCAAUUCUGAAAGUACAUUAAUUUUUCCAUCACAAACGGUCAUUAACAUAAAACUCCAAUCAAAGUCACAUUGACAUUUUCUGACCCCUGGUUAGCCAUUAUUGGCUUAAAAAGCCUAAGGUUAACACAAUAUCUGCCAAUUAAUUUCCAGCAAUGUUGCCCCGUCUGUGUGUUUGGUGCGCGCAUUUGUCUAUUACUCCGUAUGUAGCCAGUUAGCGAUGCUAAUGAUAACGUUUUUUUUUUUUAUUCAAUUGGUUUGUGUGUUUGAGGUUCAACCCCACAUGAUAAUGUAAUUGUGCACAUUUUAAUACAGUAGAGUGGACAGACUUCCCCCAAAAACCUUCUCUAUUAAAUGUUAACCUCAAAGUAGGCUUACAAAUGCUAACCUCAAAGUAGGCUUACAAAUGUUAACCUCAAAGUAGGCUUACCUGACAGAACUAUAAAUCAUGAUUAUUUGUUUCAAUUGGGUGGCCAUUGUUUUUCAAACUGCCAUGGCAUGUGCUUCAGCAGUAGGCCUAUCAGCAGAAACAUCGCUAGACCAACACAUUCCACUCUUGCUAGAUGUGCAAUUAAAGGGGAAUUACACACUUUUUCUAGACCUAAAAAAUGGUCUUCUGAUGUGAUUUAAGCAUGGAUAUGGACUCAGAACAUCAAUUUUCUUUGUUUCUCUAUGAAUAUUUGUAAUAUUGAGAGUAGAAAACAUAAAACAAAUAUCCAAAACCAGGAAAAAUAAAACAGAAUUCUGGAAAAUACAAAAUAUAUUUUUAUGGGCCCUGUCAUGCCAAAUACUGUUUAUCAACCAUUAUUUUACCAGGUAUAUUGACAGAAAACACAUCUUGUACACCAAGGACCCUGGGACGAGGUAGACGAGAAGAGAACAAUGUGCCUAUUAGAAAGCGAUAAAAUAAAUUGUAGCUCGCAAAGUUAUAUUUUUUAAAAGUAGCUCUCAUGCUAGAAGAGGUUGGAGAACACUGCUCCAAAACAACAACCUUUUACAAUGUACUAUGCUGUACUGACUAUAGUACAAUACCACAUUGCCCCCUGGUGGACAUUGUGGUAUUGGUUUGAUUUUAUGUUUGCUGCAUUGAGUUGAAACGUCAAACCUCUAAUGGAAAAAUUGUCCGCCUGAACAAAUACUAUUCACUUAAUUUUUAAAUGAGAGCUCAGCUGCAUACCUGUCAGUACAUGACUGCAAAGGACAGAAUACAUAAUAACAAAACAAAGUCAAUGCCUGUAUUGAAGCCAUUUUAACAUGUUUGUUGUGGACUUGCAGGUGCUGAUCAAGAAGAGCUACAACCGCAGCAAGAGGGUGAAGCGCAGGAACUGGAAGCUGAAGGAGAUGGACAAAGAUAGAGAGGGCAUGGCGCCUGAAGACGAGCGGUAAGGAGGAGAGGAGGAGCUGAUGAGAGGAGGAAUGUAGAGGGGGAGAAGCAGAGAGGGAGGAGAGAACUAUGCAUUAUAUCCAAGUGAUGACUUUGUUGUGAAAGGUGUCUCUACAACAUUGGCAGUGAUUUAUUUAUUGUUCUCCUCUCUUCCUGUUUCAGACAAUACCAGGACUUCCUAGAGGACCUGGAGGAAGACGAAGCCCUGAGAAAGAACGUCAACAUCUUCAGAGGUGAGUGGGACCACAGCUUUCUGCUUCUCUUUAUAGUUCAAGAACCUGGAUGUUUUCCUCAAUUGUCACACACAGCUUUCUGUUGAUCCAUUUUAGCUGUAGCCUCAUGAUAAAAUUGUAUUGUUUUAUAUUACAGAUGCGUCUAAGAUCCCAGUGGAGAGUGACACGGAUGACGAGGGCGCACCUCGGAUCUCUCUGAUGGAGAUGCUGGAGGACCUCAGCCUAACAGACGCCACCGGGGGAGAGGGAGCCGACAUGCUGACCGAAUAGACCAAUCACCGGCCUGCUUACAUCCACAUAAUGACUGUUCAGACCAAUCAGGGUCUUACUAACAUCAACAUGAUGUUUGACUAGACAAAUGGAAGUUAUACCAAUAAGAAAGGCAAUGCCACACGUUGUCAGCUACCAUUGCUUACACUCUCCCUCCCAAAAGCAGCCACUCAGAAUGCUGCAGACUGGUCACUUCUGAGGUUGCUGAGUUAUUGAUGGGACCCUGCCCUUUUUGACCCUUCCCUGUCUCCAAAUUAGAGGCAGUGGUGAUGUGGAAGUUGAGCGCUGUUCGAGUACAUCAAAUAAAAUAUAAUCUGGUUA